CUGCCGACCGAUCGACCGCACUAUAUAAGCGGCGUGGUGAGAGCCGAGUCGCUUGUCUAUCGGCUUGAACAUGAACUACCUGACGUGUGUGCUGCUCCCGUUGGCUUUGAUUCCGGCUCUGGUCGGCGCGCAUCCCAGUACGGUGGUGGUCAACGGGGUAUGCCUGACUUGCCCCAAUCCGCAAGGAGAUCCCGUCUAUCUGGAUGGCCAGGAGUACCGUAGCUUCUCCUCCCCAGGCAGCAAUGGCAACGUGGUCAUAUCCCGCGGUGAUGGUGGAGGUGGAACCUAUGGCAGGGGGCGUGGCACCAUUUACCAAAGAGGGGGAAAUACCAUCGUCAACGGACGGUGUCAGCAUUGCAACGUGGACAUAAUCUAAGUGUGUCACUUUAAAGUCUGAACAUUAAAAGGAAAUUUUGUAAACAUAUAUGUAUAAAGAGAAUAUACAUUAUACUGAUCAAUCAAA